AAUGGAUUAGCUCCGGUGCGUGAAGCUGUUACGCACGUGCAGCUAACAAAUCUCACUUCGGAUAAGGAAAAAGAUAUGACUGAGGAGUUGGCGUAACCCAAAACAAGCCUGCCAACAUUCAAAAAGCAAGCAUGAGCAGCCUGGAUCAAGACCAGCGUCUCUCUCCUUGUUGCCGUGACAAAACAACAGUCUCCAGUGAUUCAUCGGACGCUGCUGGGCCGGCCAGCACGCCUCUCCAGGGUCUAAAAUUGGCAUCACAUGCUGUGCUGGAAGAAGCACAGGAGAGGGGCAGGUUGAAGUGCUCUAAAUGCGGCGGAUCAAGGAUGUUCUUUUGCUACACAUGCUGCUCAUUAGUGGGUGUCAGUCCUCAAGAAGUUCCCUUAAUCAAGCUUCCCGUGAAGAUAGACAUCAUAAAACAUCCCAAUGAGACUGAUGGCAAGAGCACUGCGAUCCACGCCAAGAUCCUGGCACCCAGCGACGUCACCAUAUACACCUACCCCUGCAUACCGGAGUUUGAGAAGGAUAAGGUGGUGUUGGUGUUCCCUGGUCCCGGGGCUGUCUCAGUUCAAGACAUGUUGCAGUGUUUACUCGACAGGUCACAUGACUCCUUUUAUGAACCGUGCACAAAGAGGCUAAAAACCGAGGGACUUCAAGGUGCCACACACGCUUCCAAGAACCCGGAGUUGGGGACCUCAAGUGAAGCAAAGGGCUUGGAGUCAAAGGUGUAUCCCCUACAGAGAGUGGUCUUUAUCGACAGCACAUGGAAUCAGACCAACAAGAUCAGCACAGACGAGAGGCUGCAGGGUUUGCUCCAGGUGGAGCUGAAGACGAGGAAAACAUGUUUCUGGCGUCGGCAGAAGGGCAAGCCAGACACCUACCUGGCUACUAUCGAGGCCAUUUACUAUUUCCUGAAGGACUUCCACGAGCAUUGCCUCGCACAGGAGUACAGCGGCGAGUAUGACAACCUGCUGUUUUUCUACUCCUUCCUGCACACCGUCAUCAACAAAGCCAAAAGACUGGCUGGAAAAAUCUGAGGAGCAAAAGACAUCGCCGACCAGAGACUGACAUUUAGUUGAUUCCUGCAAAUACGCGUAUCUUCCGUUUUUUUAAAAACAUUUUGUAUUUAUUACGAGAUUUAGAAGCACGAAUCAGUUUUUUUUAAUAAAACCAAGGGAUAUUUUACUGCGAUUGCAACUCCUGAAAAUGGAAUAAAGUGCAGAGUGACAGACACAAAAGGUGUAUUUCCUGAUUCUUCAGAUGGGGCUGGAUUUUUUUUUCCUUGGUUUCAACUCAGACAUAUUUAGUAAAUAGUAUGUAAAAUACAUACAUGAGUAAUAUCACAAUGGAAUUUCUGCUUUUUCAGUACUUUGCAGUUUCAAACAAUAAGCCUUCAGUUAAAGUCCUGAAGAGGGAUAUGUAAAUGAAGCCUAGUCAGUACAGUGGUGAGGAAUGUACAGUUGGAGGUCUGUGUGGAGUUUGCAUGUUGUCCCUGUGAACGGAUGAAUUUUUAAUAUGUCCAAAAAGUAAUAGGAUAUUUGACCUAUAACAUUUUCUAGUAUUGCAAUACAUAAAUAUGUUUGCAUUCUUAAGAGAAAAAAAAGUUUUUGUGAAGUUUGGUUAUCAGCAAUUGGGUCAAUGAAAGGCUCAGCCAUUAUACCUACUGAGGAUACAUACCGUACUAUGAAGCUUUGCUAAUUCAUUAGAUCAUUGGCUUUAUUACAUUCAAAAUGUCUGAAGAAGUGUACAUGGUGGAUGAAUGGAAG